UCUCCCCAAAUGCCACCAUCCUUAGUGUCUCUCCUCUUACCGACAUUAUUGGCCGCACAUGGCCUUCGGAAAAAGUCACUAUCGCAAAGCGGGGCCAUCACUGCAUUCGUUGUCGGUUUCCUAAUGAUAUCGGGGAGCACGGGAAAACCUGGCGUGGAUCUUGGUCUCAAGGUCUGGGGUGCAUCUCUCAUUGGCUUCUAUCUCAUUGGGAGUCGAGCAACGAAGUAUGGGAAGGCUAAGAAACGCAAACUGGAGCAGGGAUACUCUGACUAUGGGAAUCGGUCAGGCUGGCAAGUGCUGUCCAACUCGUUCAGUGCUGUUGUAGCAUGCUCUGUGUGGAACGCGCUGUUCGUCCACCACAGUGUGCACUCGCAACUGCUUUCCUCUCUUGGAAUUGCUUCCAUGGGACCUUCGUACAGCACUGAGUGGUGUCCUUUAUCGAGGGAUAUAAGCGACGGUCGCAGUCGAGUCCUAUUAUUUGCGGCUUUGGGCCAUUUUGCUUGCUGCUUGGGGGACACUCUUGCUUCCGAACUGGGAAUUCUCUCGUCCUCUCCACCUCGACUGGUGACGACAGGAAAGGUUGUCCCUCCCGGCACCAACGGCGGCGUCUCUGUUGGAGGCACACUAGCUUCUCUUGUCGGCGGGGCCACGAUGGGCAUCAUCAUGAGUGUUUCUCUGAUUCUCGAAAAUUCUAGUUGCCGAAGUGACUGGCUUUCGACAUCGCGAGAUCUAGUUUUAUGGGGAGCGCUGGGUGGUAUAGCAGGCAGCGCUCUCGAUUCUUUGCUGGGAGCAACUAUUCAAAUGACGCGAUACGAUGAAGAAAAGAAGCUCAUUGUGGAGGACCGCUUCGAGGGUUCACAACUCAAAGUUCUCAACGGAUUGAAUAUUUUAACGAAUAAUCAAGUCAACGUCGUUUCGUCCAUUGCAUCUGCCCUCGUUGUAGGAUUGUUCGCUUGA